AUGCUAAGGAAACACCAAAAGAAAUGGCUUCCAAUUUCACUUGUGCGAUGUUUGAGACUCCACAGGUUGUGCUUAGAGGUGCUAGACACAUGGCUGUUGUUGAGAUUAGCUGUGAACCAUGUGUACGCAAACAUGUAUGUAGUAUCUGAUGGAAAUGCUGUUGUGUCAACAAGCCCUACACCUGAUGGAAAUGUUGCUAUCGAUUCUUUCCACCAGUUUGAGGAUGCACAGUGGCUUCUAAUUCAAAAGGCUGAAGAGGAGAAGCUCCUGAAAGUUACCUUUAAUUUACCGGAACCAAUCCUUGAUAAGUUAAUAGGUAACUCUUAA